AUGCAAGCAUUGUGCCCCCCAAAGAACUGGGAGGCUAGGUCGUGGUCUGGAGAUGGUAGACGGCCAUCAGGAGCGCUCCACUCAACUGGGUUCGGCUCACUCGAUCGAGCUUGUGGCUCCUCUCCUCUUCUUCUUCAUCUUCAAAGUGGUGUGGCUUCCUUGGCCUUGGUGGAGCUGUGCUCGCUCGAAGCGGUUGUAGGGAGUCCAGCGGUCUGA